AAAAUCAUUUUCUAAGCGCUAUUACGCAGACCAUUCCCAGCAGACUUCCCAGAACCAAGUCCCCUGGCGGCCCCGACCCAAUCUCGUCACUCAGCGCAGCCCUCUGUGACUUCAGUUCCAUAGAGUUGGAUAUUUCAUGCAAGAGUUUGAAUUAGGUUGGCAGACAGCGGGAAGUUUGAAACCCUGCGGGUUAGAACCGGGCUGGGGCUUGCCUGCCUGGCGCGAGAAUCCAGGAAGGAGCGGCUCCUUGCCCCCAGUUGCAGCGAUGUCCCCAGCUCCCCGCCCACUCCCGGUGGGAACGCGCGACUCAGAACCGCAGAGGCCUUUUGUCCUUCCGGGGUGCCCGUAUUGGCUGCAAUCUGAGCGACACGUCUUUGGGGGCGGGGAAAGGGUGGGAUCAGGGUCGGCUGUCUGUUUUUAAAGGGACCGCUGUUCGGGGCGCGGGAGGCGGCGCCGCUGGAACCAGCGCAGGGCGGAGGAGCCCGAGCAGGUUCGGAAAGCGGGACGAAGGGAGGGAUGGGCUCGGGAGGAUCCGAGUGGUCCGUGGGGACCGAGAGAGUUUCAAGAGGCCCCUGGCUGCGGCCCGAGCGGAGUCCUGCCAGGGCGGGUCCGCCUCCUCCACCCCAGUUCCCCGCUGCGGUGGCUGGGGUGGCCCGGAUUCAUUCAUUCCCGGUCCAGAGUCCAGCGCAAGGCCCGGCCGCCCUCCUUUCUAUCACACAGACUGGGGAAACUAAGGAGGCAACGGCUGAGCAUGGUCACUCCGCAGGUCCGGGGCGAAGCCGGCCUCACAGCAGCCUUCCUGCCCCCCACGGCCUCUCAGCGAUCACUUUCCCGGGUCCGCACAGUGCGCGGGCUCAGCGUGGCAGAGCAGGGUGGGGGCGGUGUCGCGGGUAGAGUCCAGCAGGGAGCCGUAUGAAGGACGAAGUGUCUGGGAAGAGGAACCGGGCUGUCAGCUGGGAAAUCCGGAUUCCACCCGGCUAUCACUGGCUGUGUGACCGCAAGCAAAUGCUUCACCUCUCUGACCCUAGUAUCUUUCUUUGUGAGGUGCCAGUAAUAACACCUGCCGCAUCAGGAUAUUUGGGGAAGUCAGGAAAAUAAUGCAGAAGUUCCCGGCACAGAGUCAAGUGGGUUGGAGCUGGAGGAGCCCAAAGGGGAUGGAGGCAGCCUGGAAGGCAGCGGUGGCAGCGGCCCUGUCUCUGAGAAUGAAAGGCCUCACUGUCUGGGGCGCCUUCCCCGCCCCGCCCCCCUGUGCCUGUUUAGGGCGGACGUGUACACCUGGCAGCGGAGACUGGGCCAAGUCCACGUCUACAUCGUCCGAUCCAGGUGCCAUGGCAGAGAAGGUGCUGGUAACGGGUGGGGCUGGCUACAUUGGCAGCCACACUGUGCUGGAGCUGCUGGAGGCUGGCUACUCACCUGUAGUUAUCGACAACUUUCAUAAUGCCUUCCGUGGAGGGGGCUCCAUGCCUGAGAGCCUGCGGCGGGUACAGGAAUUGACAGGCUGCUCUGUGGAGUUUGAGGAGAUGGACAUCUUGGACCAGGCAGCCCUACAGCGUCUCUUCAAAAAGCACAGUUUCGUGGCAGUCAUCCACUUUGCUGGGCUCAAGGCUGUGGGUGAAUCAGUACAGAAGCCUCUGGAUUAUUACAAAGUUAACCUAACAGGGACCAUCCAGCUUCUAGAGAUCAUGAAAGCCUGUGGGGUGAAGAACCUGGUGUUCAGCAGCUCUGCCACUGUGUAUGGGAACCCCCAGUACUUGCCCCUGGAUGAGGCCCACCCAACGGGUGGCUGUACCAACCCUUACGGCAAGUCCAAGUUUUUCAUUGAGGAAAUGAUCCGGGACCUGUGCCAGGCAGACAAGGCCUGGAAUGCAGUGCUGCUGCGCUAUUUCAACCCCACGGGCGCCCAUGCCUCUGGCUGCAUUGGUGAGGAUCCCCAGGGCAUCCCCAACAACCUCAUGCCUUAUGUCUCCCAGGUGGCAAUCGGGAGGCGGGAGGCCUUGAAUGUCUUUGGUAAUGACUAUGACACGGAGGAUGGCACAGGUGUCCGGGAUUAUAUCCAUGUCGUGGAUCUGGCCAAAGGCCACAUUGCAGCUUUGAGGAAGCUGAAGGAGCAGUGUGGCUGCAGGAUCUACAACCUGGGCACUGGCAAAGGCUACUCAGUGCUACAGAUGGUCCAAGCCAUGGAGAAGGCCUCUGGGAAGAAGAUCCCGUACAAAGUGGUGGCACGGCGGGAAGGUGAUGUGGCCGCCUGUUAUGCCAACCCCAACCUGGCCUGUGAAGAGCUGGGCUGGACAGCAGCCUUAGGGUUGGACAGGAUGUGUGAGGAUCUAUGGCGCUGGCAGAAGCAGAAUCCUUUAGGCUUCGGCACACAGGCCUGAGGACCCUCCCCUACCAAGGACCAGAAAAGGAAAAAAGCAGCAGCUGCCUGCUCUCCAGCCUCCAGCAGGAACCCAGGCCCCAGAGCUUCUGGGGCUAAGCCAAGGCUUUGCUUACCUCAGACCCCAGCUGGGCCCACUCAGCCCACCAGGCAUGAGGCCAAGGGCUCCACUGACCAGGAGUCAGGGUCCAGGAACUCAUCAGGACCACCAAGAGCGAGUGAGGGGGUAAAAGCCCCUCCUCCCAGGCACUAAUUUAUACUGUUCUCAAGAAACUUUCCAAACUAUUUAAAAUAAAAAAGUUUUCUUACACUGG